UCCAUACUUCUUUGUCCUUUUCCCCUUGUUCUCCAUUUUGGGGAAUUCUUAAUUACUGGAAAUAGGGCUCCUAGGGUUCCCGAGAAGGGUAAGCUAAGAAGUCUCCUCCAUGUAUAUGAAGAGUUAGAAGUGGCCUUGCACUUUCACUACAAAAAUAAUUCAAUGAGGGGAAUGGGAAUCAAAGUAGUUGUGGAUAUGCCAGCUAUGUCUGAUAUUGAAACAUGUAUGCAUUUUAUGAUUGCCAAUGAGGGAACUUUUGGUAAUCAUAUUACCCUUGAUCUCUUGUUAUCAUUUAAUCUCUUGGUUUACAUUUGAUUUGAAACUGACUAUCCAGUAUAUUGAUCCAUGAGCUGCCUCGUAUUUUCACUUCCUUUCAAGGAAGGAGAUGCAGCCCUAGGUAAUGGUGGCUUAGCUCGGCUUUCAGCUUGCCAGAUGGAUUCUUUAGCAACGUUGGAUUUUCCAGCAUGGGGUUAUGGACUCCGUUAUCAAUAUGGGCUAUUCAGGCAAAUUAUAGUAGAUGGGUUUCAACACGAACAGCCAGAUUAUUGGCUGAACUUUGGAAAUCCCUGGGAAAUAGAGAGGGUUCAAGUGUCAUAUGCUGUGAAGUUCUAUGGGACAGUUGAAGAGGAAGUUUCAAAUGGAUCAAAUUAUAAAGUUUGGAUACCUGGAGAAACAGUUGAAGCUGUUGCAUACGACAAUCCUAUUCCUGGAUAUGGAACACGAAAUGCUAUUAAUCUUCGGCUAUGGGCUGCUAAACCAAGUGGUCAGUAUGACCUGGAAUCUUACAAUACUGGUGACUAUAUCAAUGCUGUGGUAAACAGACAGAAGGCUGAAAUCAUAAGCAAUGUCUUGUAUCCUGAUGAUCGUUCUUAUCAGGGUAAGGAAUUGCGAUUAAAGCAACAAUACUUCUUUGUUUCGGCAUCUAUACAAGACAUAAUUCGGCGGUUUAAAGAUGUCCAUGAUAACUUUGACGAAUUCACAGAGAAGGUUGGAAGCCAAACAUUUUGUAUAUAUCUGCCAAUGUGAAAUUGGGACAUUGAUUAACACUUGUGUUCUGA